CCGAACAGUUGUAAACCGAGACGUAUCGGUAGCUGUCAAAGUAGUUCGCCGAUAUUCGUAUUUCAGAUUGGUGAUAGUUUUCACUUUUCUAGAUCUACGAACUGAAAAUGGUCAGUUUGUGAGAAAUUCUUUGCGUUGCAAUGAAUUCGUGUGUUAACUGUUUAAAAUAACGAUUGUCUGCUACCAUAGUGUGCAACAAGUAGUGUUCUUGCUGUUGUAACGUACUUGUUUUCAUCGUUGAGGUGUUUUGUGUUUGUGCGAAAUCGUAAUCCCUGAGUGGUGAUUGUCCGGCAGUGGUUACGAACAACGAAGCAGCAGAACAACGGAAGUACGAAACGGGAUACAUCCACUUGGCCGGAUGGAUAGCAUAAACAAUAUGGAUACGCUCUGCCGUAUCUGCUCCUCUCCCGGAUCGCACAGUAUUUUCGGUCGCAUACCGGCGUACUGCCACGCACACUAUCGCGAGUAUGCACGCUGGAAGCAGCCCAUUUUUAUGUUGAUUGCGGAAGUUACCGGCGUUGAGAUAACGCAAGAUGAUGGCUUACCGAAGAGAAUUUGCGUCGUGUGCAUUUCAUACCUUAAGCACGCGUAUACUUUCCGCCGCCAAGCGAUCGACAAUAUUGCCGGUCUGCUGACUGCUAAAUACCUAUCGAAUCUCAGACCGGAAAGCAAGAAGUCAGCGGCAGAUAGUGAACAUAUGAUAGAGCGCAAUGAAAUCAUAUCUACCGAAGAUGGGACGGGGUAUCGAUCGGUAAAUCUUACCAACGCGGCAAUUGCACGUAGCGUCGUAAAACAGGCGACGAAGAAGACCGCCAUCAUGCAUCGAUUCGUGGCCAAACCACCGAACAACAAUGUGGAGGAAGACAUGGACAAUUUGCUGGGCGAUAUGGAUGAACCUAGCAGUGGAUUGUUCGGUUACCGCGAGAAAGAAUUCAUUGAGGAUGACGUGAUGGAUCUGGAAGGGUUGCAGGAGCACGGCGUGACGUUUACACUGCCGGAGGAUUACAAGGAAAAGAAAUGUUUCGCCUGUCGGAAGCGAUUCAUGUUUUCGGAAACGUAUGCCGAACAUUUGACUGAGUGUUUGCUGUACAAGCUUACCGAGGCGAUACGUGCGCUGUACCACAUAAUGUUCCUGCGCGAGCAAAGUGCAAUUUCCGCCUUUGAGUUUAUCCGACGAGCUGUGUUUACGGUGCGAAAGUGCUACCGAUUGGUUCUGUCGUACGAUGGUGAGCUGGACGAAGAUGAAGGUGCUGGCGAACAGGUCGACACGACGGACGGUGUGGCAGGACCGAUCAUGGGCAGAAAAGCUCCUUACGAACGAAUUGAACUCGAUUCGCUUAGCGACAGUGGUUCGUCUGGAUCGCCUAAAACUAAGCCACCAGUAUCGAAUCCGUAUCUAUUCAGAUCCGGUAUGAAUAAUAACCUAUCGGUGGGCAUUAUGAUUGGCCAACAUCCGAUCAUACUGCGUCCACCGGAUGCCUUUGCAUCACACUCAAAUGUAGAUAUUAUAAAGAAUCGGCUCACAAAAACGGGUCCGGAAGAGGUUAACGAAAGCAAUGUAAUCGAUCGUUACAAAACAAUCAAAUGUAAGCAGUGUGACGCACGCUUCUGUACCAUUUCACAUCUGGAUGAGCACAUCAUAAAGGUACAUCAGCGACGCGUUAGCAGCAAUCAACUUGAUUGGUAAAUCGUUGGAUCUAGAUAGAAUAAGUAAUGAUAAGAUACCGAUUCUUGUUCGCAGCAUGGUAUCAACAAGUGUCAGGGAGCGAACGAACUUAACGAUUGAAAGAAGAUUAGAGCAAAUGUUUUGUCGUAAAACCAUUCACUUGACAGGUUCCGACAACAAUUUCACUUUAACAUUUGCCUCCAAUUUAUCUAAUUUAUAUUCUUCUGUUUGAGGAAACUGACGCUGCCAAAUACCAGGUAGAGAUAUGUCUUUGUGAAAACACUCUCACUUGACUGACUGAUUGACUGAUUGACUGACUGUCGCACAAAAGGAAAGAUGGUGCAUCACAAAAUCUGAUGGAGAUGUGUUGAUUAAUCCAUUUUUAGAUAUUCGGAACCCGUCUAUCACAAAUCAUUUCAUUGUUUGACGUGAAAACAACAUCCAUUUUACAUUAUAUUUUGACAAAUUGGAUUGAAACACAUGAGAAAAUUCGGUGUAAAAGUUUAUUUCUCAUUCUGUUACUUUAGUAAACACAUUAAAGACACAUUUAAAGAACGAAGAAGGAAAGUAAAAUAUUACCACAAACUAUGGUAAAAAUUCAGGGAAUAAAACGCACUGUAAAAAAAACAAUUCAGUAAGAAACUCGUGAUAUUCUUACACUAAUCGUAAUGUGUAUAUGACAAGAUGUUAAUAAGAAAGUAUUUAAACUGGUUUGUAAUAAAAAUGUAUGCGUCUUCUACAAAAA